GGGACACUGGAUGUUUGGAGGAUACCCUCCCUCUGUGACGGGAUGAGGCCUGAUGCUCGGACGAUCUCCUCCCUCUGCAAAGCAACUUCGGCUGCUGUGAUGAUCUGCAGGGCUAUCAGGAGAGCUACCCAAUCCCAGAGGGCCAUCGUGGCUUCAUCAGUGAUGCCAGACUUCUGCAGAUGCAGAGAGCUGAGAGAGAGGCCAUGGAAGUAAAGCAAAGAAAGAUAAGUGCUAUCCAUGAGAAUUAUGUCCGGACUGCUCUCAUCGGGGUUGGCAGCACCUUCGCGCACCACUUCGUCCCCUCUAUUCAGUGCAUUCCGUGCCCGACAGCUCCACCGAGGCCUUUGCCACGAAGGCUUGAACACAUAGCUCUGGCCCCACUGAAGAACAUGGUGGGGGUGGACGGAGCCCAAGUUCGACCCGGAUCUCACUCUCUGGAGUCCCUCCAGGUAAAUAAGUCAUUCAGCAGCAGUAGCGUGUGGCCUGUUCCCGUCCCUCCCACUGGAGCUCCCUCCAAGAGGGGCAAGAAGAAGAAGGGCAGGCGGGGAGUCAAAGCCCUGAAAGUCCAGUCGGACCAGGGCUGUGCUGACAACAACGGACCCAUUGACCUGAUUGAGGAGGUGACGGACAUCGAGACUCCCCUGAAGGAGGAGGCCUGGAAGGUGGUACAUGAGGUGAAGGCCAUGGGCAGGAGAAGUUUGGGCUCGGCCAUGUCCAUGGGGGAAAUAGCCACCAGCUCUCUGGGAAGCCUGAGCUCAGGGGAUAUGAACACCCCUGCGGAGGUCCGUGACUACCUGGAUGUCGGGACCCCGGUUAAGUCGCGUGACAGCCCAACCAGGCCUGCUCCCCCUCCUACCAAGCCCAGGAGCAAACUGCCUCGGCCUAUAAGGUUCCUUAGCCUGCCAAAGGCUGCCACCGGCUCAGACAAGAAGGCAGCCAGUGAGCCAAAGGGCCAAAUGAAGAAUAGUCAGGACCAGGCCAGAUUGCAGCCCCUGUCCAACCCAGAGCAGGCCCUGACUAAGACCUUCAAGCUGCUCCACUCUGCCUCUGAUGACUGGUCCCAGCCAGGCUUCAGCACCACCGCAGCCACACUGGAGACGGCGGGCUGGACCGGCUUACUUGAGGAGCUGUCUGGAGAGUCACGGGCGCUACUGGGUGUAGGAGAUAAGAUAUGCUCCUUCAACACUUUCAGCGGACCCCUUGGGGUGAAGAACCUGCGCUCUGCAGUGUCCUGUGCUGCCAUGGCCACACUGGGUGACAUGUACGUUCACCUCCAGAGGGCCAUGGACAGUGAGGUGGAGGGGACGGCACGCGUGCUGCUGCACAAAGCCAGCGAGGCCAACACCUUCAUCCGGCAGGGCGCCAACUUUGCCCUGGGUCACAUGGUGCAGAGCUGCACCCCUACCCGUGUCAUGAAUGCCCUGCUGGUCGGUGGGCUGAACCACCGUAACGCUGCGGUGAGGAGCUGCACUGCUCAGCACCUGGAGAGACUGGCUGAGGUCAUGGGGAUGGCUCGUCUCCUGUCGGGGAAGAAAGACCUUACUGACCGCUUCUUGAUUGCCGUCAGUAAACUGGCUGUGGACCCUGCACAGGAAGCCAGGCAUCAUGGUCGCAAUAUCUUGAGAAACGUGGCCACCAAUGGCGACUUUGCUAAAAUGUGGGACAAAUUCGCUCCGAGGAAAGAGCGAGAAUCCUUGAGGGAGGUCAUCUCAAAGGUUAACCUCAAAGAAAGGAAUAUCUGAAUAAUCCCCAAUUUGACUAUAUAUUUGUAUCUAAAUAUUUGCACAUUUCCCAACCUGACUAUUUUCCCCUCCAGUCCCCAAACUCCAAUAUUUUCGCUCAUUUUAAGAAAUUUGACACUAUCAUCCAAACCCCCAUGUAAAUACAUCUUUAAACUGCAUUGAAUCCUUGUCCAAGUCCUGAAUCCACUAUAAGGCUAUAUGAACCACAUUCAAAGCACUAAAUUACCUUUCCUCAAAGCUCCUAUCUGAUCUACGAGCUCAAUAGUGGUCUACUGAAACCAUACUCACCAUCUCAGGGGGUGCUCAGAUCAUCAACCACUGACCUCCACACCAUCCUCAAAACCAGCAGUCCUCUUUUGGAGGCAGAUUGGUCAGUGCUCCUGUAUGGCACCAACAUUGUGGAUUUUCAUCCAAUACUUCUGGACUAUGACAAUGA